CUCGAAGCAGGUAGAUUAUCAUCACAACUCUUGUUCAGACUGCACUGCAGCGCAGCUCGGUGCAGUUGCCUGGUUUGCAUGUGUUAGCGCUAACAUUGAUGAUGUGUUCCACUGGAUCCGUGUGCGCUGCGAGAGCUUCUCACCGGGCAUCAGGCCAUUUAAGUUUCGCCGUCACCCAGCAAUCUGACCGGUCAUGGAUCGAUCGAUUCUCGACUAUGCAAUGGUGGAAACAUCUCCGACCAGGGUUUGCACCGUCACGAUGAGAUACGAUACUAGAACCUGGUGCUGGCGACACUGCGGUUCCGGCUCGUGAGAGCUGUCGGCGAGGCGCUCGAGAAUUCUCGCCGCCGCCACCGCGGCGGCUUAGAAGACGCCACUACAGGCAGACAGACAGACAGACGAUGCCUUCGUCUUCUUCUCACUGUGAGUGGGAGAAUUUACAAUCGGCUGUGGGUUGUUUCGGUGUGUGAAUGAAUGAGCGCAGCUGUAGUAGCAGCAGCUGCAAACCUCAAGCAUGUGCAUGCGCAAGGCCAAGCAGCUGGUCGACUGGGCGACUGCUCAUUCCAGACACCUUAAGCCGUGUAGUCGAGUGUCAGAUGCUGAGGUCUAGCGUGCUGGAGUGCCGGGUAGAGGGUGACCCGCGCUGCGAAGAUUCGAAAGGUAGGGAGGGAGGCUGUGCUCGAUAGACUGCAGGCAUCGGAUGCAUGAGCUGGCUGCAUCUGCAUGCGCGAACUCACUACGCUAGCCUUGCUCACUCGAGCAUUAAACAAUGGCGCCUUUGCCUUUGCCUUUCCCUUCACAUCUUCCUCGACUCCAUUCGACAGCAGCAGCAGCAGGUUCCGAUUUUGCGUGUCCCCCUUUACGGCGUCACUCGCAGUCUACUGUAAGUUAGUGCGCGCGAUUUCGACUUACCACGUACCGGAGGCGGGCUCGAUCACAGCUCAUCGUUGGGCAAAGCUGGAUCAGGCUGUCGCCGCGCUUCGCGGUUGCUUCAUGUUCACUCUCGCGAUUGCGAGCCAGCCCACUUCGACCUGUAUCUCUGCGCAGCCCGCUCCUAGAGAAGUUCAUAACUUUCAGGGAUUUAGAUUUUAUUACAAAUAAAUAUUUGAGAACAUCUUGUAUUGAAUAUAAUGUG